GAUAGGCUACUUUGUUAAAUGGACACUAAUCCCAUUCCAUCCUACAUUCAGAACAUUGUGGGCUAUUACUAGUUUGAAACCCGCUGACAUAUCAAGCAGAAAAGGUCCCCUUCAUAAUCGGAGUAUUGUCAUAACUACCCCAUAGAAUAAUGAUAAUGAUUUUUAUUAUGAACGACCGGAGUGUGACUUUAAGACCGAGUUUAGCGCUUCCCGGUUGGUGUGUAACCCGAGCCAAGGGUAGCGACAGCUGGAGGAGCGAGACGACGAGCCAUUCGGAAAUAACCUCUCGCUUUCUCUUUCUUUGAAUUUGUACUUCACUCAAAUCUGGAACUGUGCGUAAAGAGCAAUGAACUUUGCGAUGGCAAGGCGCUCCUUUUGGACGUGUUUGAUUGCAACUGCAGGCCUACUCUGGGGUGUGACAAUACCAGUGACUUGUAAUGAGGAGUCUAAGCUGAUUGGGGAUCUGUUCAGAGGCUACAACAAGAACAUCCGUCCAGCGGCGCACCCCACUGACAAGGUGGAGGUGCAGGUCAAGCUGAUCCUCACCAACCUCAUCUCCCUGAACGAAAAGGAAGAGACUCUCACAACUAAUGUCUGGAUUGAGAUCCAAUGGAAUGAUAUUCGCCUAGCCUGGAACACCUCUGAGUAUUUUGGCAUCGAGGUUAUCCGUGUGCCUUACAACACAGUGUGGCUUCCUGACAUUGUCCUUGAGAACAACAUUGAUGGCAAGUUUGACGUGGCCUACUAUGCCAAUGUGUUAAUCUACUCCAGUGGCUACAUGUACUGGCUGCCUCCAGCUAUCUACCGCAGCACAUGUGCCAUAGAAAUCACCUACUUCCCCUUUGACUACCAGAACUGCACUUUAGUCUUUAGGUCCCAGACUUACAGUGCAAAUGAGUUGGAAAUCAUGCUGGCUGUUGACACGGAGACUGAACAGCCCAUUGAGUGGGUGGACAUUGAUCCUGAGGCCUUCACUGAGAAUGGUGAGUGGGCCAUAAAGCACCGGCCAGCCAGGAAGCUGAUCAACUCACGCUACACUCCUGAUGACCUGGAGUACCAGGAGAUCUCCUUCAACCUGGUCAUCCAGAGGAAACCUCUGUUCUACAUCAUCAACAUCAUUCUGCCCUGCUCACUUAUCUCCUCCUUGGUCGUCCUGGCCUACUUCCUACCUGCACAGGCUGGGGGACAGAAGUUGACUGUGUCCAUCUCUGUCCUGCUGGCUCAGACUGUCUUCCUCUUUCUUAUUGCUCAGAAGGUCCCUGAGACAUCUCUCAAUGUCCCUCUCAUUGGCAAGUACCUGAUCUUUGUCAUGUCUGUGACAACGCUCAUCGCCACCAACCAAAUCGUGGUGCUCAACAUCUCCCUCCGCAGUCCCAACACCCACACCAUGUCUCACACUAUCAAACACGUCUUCCUGGAGCUUGUCCCCCGAUUCCUGGGUAUGGACCCUCUGGUGGAUGAUGGAGAGGCGGAGGUGAAUGGAGUGAGGGAGCGACGGCGUAGCUCGUUCGGCCUGAUGCAGAGAGCGGAGGAGUAUGUGCUAAAACAACCACGCAGCGAGAUGAUGUUUGACAAACAGAGAGAGAGGCAUGGCCUCACACGAUCCGUUGUGGAUGGGAUUGAUGUGAGCACCACAGCCAGCCUGUACAAGAGCCUCGCCCAAGCUGCUCCAGAAAUCAAGGAAUGUGUGGAUGCUUGUAACUUUAUCACUGAGAGCACAAAGCAAGCAAAUGACAUUGGAUCAGAAAUGGAGAGCUGGGUAUUGAUUGGGAAGAUGAUUGACAAGGUUUGUUUCUGGGUGGCCAUGGCUCUCUUCUCCAUCGGAACGGUCGCCAUCUUUCUCACGGGACAUUUCAACUCUGUCCCAGAUUUUCCAUUCCCUGGGGAAAACAAACGAUACCUCCCCAGUUAGGGUGGCAGGGCCACCCUCCCUUAACCUGGUCACAGGUUAUAGGACACAUCAUCAUCGUCUUCAUAUCAUUGAGAGCUAAAAUUUAUUCACUUCUUUCUCUUACUUAUUUGUCUUUUUAGCAGUAGAUGACUGAAAAUGGUAUCGUCUUGAUAUGAUGUAAUCCUUUUUGAUAAAUAUUUCAUACUGUGUUUUGAGUUUUAGCUGAACCAUUUCUUGUUAUGUGUGAUUUACAUGUGUGCAUUUUAUUUUUUAUAAGGCCUGUGACAUGAAAGUGCCAAAAACCUCGAACAGUUAGUGGCAAAGCGGUUGUGAAAUUAAUUCAACAAGUCUGCUGUGGGCUUUUGUGGGCUUUGUUAUGUUAGAACAAAAUGAAAAAGUUAGAUCUCUGUUUUAGCCUUCAACCUGAUUCAUACCUUAGUCUUUACACACCACAUUAGGAGGACGCUGCAGAUCACCUAUACCCUGCGGAAUUCUUGUCUUUCUUGUAUCUCACUGUAUGGUGCACUCAGCACACAAAACACAUGCUCUUUCCAUGAUAUAGACUGACCGGGUGAAUCCAGGUGAAAGCUAUGAUCCCUUAUUGAUGCCACUUGUUAAUCCACUUCAAUCAGUGUAGAUGAAGGGGAGGAGACAGGUUAAAGAAGUAUUUUUAAGCCUUGAGACAGUUGAGACACAGAUUGUGUGUGUGUACCAUUCAGAAGGUGAAUUUAAAAAAAUGUAAGUGACUUAUGGUAUGGUAAUAGGAGUAUGGUAAUAGGAGUAUGGUAAUAGGAGUAUGGUAAUAGGAGUAUGGUAAUAGGAGUAUGGUAAUAGGAGUAUGGUAAUAGGAGUAUGGUAAUAGGAGUCAGGCACAUUGGUUUGUGUCAAGAACUGCAACAGUGCUGGGUUUUAAAUGCUCAACGGUUUCCCAUGUGUAUCAAGAAAUCAAGAAUGGUUCACCACCCAAAGGACAUCCAGACAACUUGACAGAACUGUGGCAACCAUUGGAGUCAACAUGGGCCAGGAUCCCUGUGGAACGCUUUUAACACCUUGUAGAGUCCAUGCCCGGACGAAUUGAGGCGGUUCUGAGUGCAAAAAGGGGGGUGUUCAACUCAAUAUUAGGAAAGUGUUCCUAAUGGUUGGUAUACUCAGUGUAUAUGUGACACAGGUCUUUACUGAUGGAUACAAUGCAAUGUAAGAAGGCCAUAUACUGUAAGAAUAUUUGAUUUAACUAGUUACUUUAAUUUACACACAGUACAUUUACAUGGUUAAGUGACUUGUUCUGUUUAAUAUCUAAGAAUGACACAAUGACACAGAGACUUAAUUAAAAGUUAGAAACAGAGGCCUUGCCUUCCUUUCUGUCCAAUUUGUGCCUCGUUUUUAAAAUGUUAUGUAAAUAUACCAUUUAUUUUUUUGUAUACAAUUACAAUCCUACACAAUUAAAACCCCUGUGCUGCUAAUGUUAGCAUACACAAAUCAAAUCUAUGUAAUCAUCAUGAACAACAAUGCAUAUAAUCAUUUGUGUAUUUUUAAAUGUAUUUUUAUGUUUUAAUUUGAACCUUUAUUUAACUGAGCGUUCGAAUAGGCAUGUCAGUUAAGAACAAAUUCUUAUAUACAAUGACGGCCUACACCGGCCAAACCCAGACAACGCUGGGCCAAUUGUGCCACUUUAUGGGACUCCCAAUCACGGCCGGUUGUGAUACAGCCUGGUUUAACAUUAUGGACAUUGAAUAUAUUGAGUUUUAGUAUUAAGAGGAUGUGUUGGAUGGUACAUAGAGUCAGUACAAACUUUUGAGAUUCAAAUUCAUUACUUAAAAGUACUGUGUUGUACUUGUUUUAGACAACAAAUACUGUAUAAUGAGUGUUAUUGGUAUUUUAUGUUAUUAAUACUGUAAUAAUUAAAUCUAAUAAAUGUU